AUGGCGCCAAAGGCGACAGGCGGUGCAGGACAGAAGACCGCCCAGGACUAUGUGACAGGACUGUGGCAGCAAGGGGUGGAUGAGGCGUCCGUGCGCCAGCAACUCCGUGAAGAUGGCUACAAGGCAGGAAAGAUUUCGCAAUUGAUCAAAGCAACGCGGCCCGCGCAAGAACAGGAGAGUCGCGCUGCAGCAGCCCCAAAGGGCAUGGCGAGGCUGGCAGGGAAGUCAAGAUCUUCAAGCUCCGCAUUGAGUCGGGAGGCAGCGCCUGCCUCUCCACGGCCUGAGCUGGAAGACACGGGCGAUCAAGCAGAGGUAGAGGUGGAAAUGCCCGACGCCGAGCCAAAUCGCGAAGAUCGACGCCAGGCGCGCGCGAAAAAAGUAGAUGCGUAG